CAAAAGCGGAUCCCAUCAGGAACACAUAUGAAUGAGUGGAUGUGGGGAACGCCAUCCUGCAGUUUAGAGCAGACAUAGCCACUCGGGGCUCGCCCUGCGCAGCCGGGAAAGCAAAAUGCCCGCGGGAUCUGCGUGGUGCCAGCCUGCUUUGCUCCUGCUGCUCUCCUCCGUGCCCCUGUGGGCAGCUGAGAUUUCCUGCAGGAAUGAAGACGGGGAGACGGUGGAUUGGUUCACUCUUUACAAGCUGCCAAAGCAUGCCAAAGGACAGAUUCCCAUGCUGGGACUGGAAUACCUGUACAUGGAUGCCCUGGCUCCGCAGUGGCAGCUUGGUAAAUACCUCAUCAACAUGACACAGGGUGCUCUGGGACAAACACUGCAGCAGCUCUACGAGACCUAUGAAUCCAAGAGGAACACCACUGCAUAUGCAAUAUACAACGAUGAGAUCCCUGAAUCAGACUCCAAAGGGUCGAAACGUGGACACACCAAAGGAUUUCUGCUCUUGGAUAAAUCACAAGGCUUCUGGGUGAUUCACAGUGUGCCCCUGUUCCCUCCCAGCCCUGAGGAUGGUUAUGGGUAUCCAGCUUCUGGGGAGUCCUUUGGACAGACAGCCAUCUGUAUAACCUUCAAAUAUGAUCAGUUCACAGAAAUAGACCAACAGAUGCUGAGUUAUAAUCCAGGAAUCUACAGCUGUUCCAUCCCUGACAGCUUCCAAGCUGAUCUCCCAAAUCUCCAGAAACUCUGUGCAAAGUCCAGGCUGCCCUCAGUCCCCUUUCGCCACCUCUCCAAGCUCCAGUCAGCUCGUGGGGAAGCCUUUCUCCACUUUGCAAAGUCACACUUGUUCAUAGAUGAUAUCUAUGUGGCCUGGAUGGCUCAGGAGCUGAAGACUGAUCUGUUGGCUGAAUCCUGGCAGCGUUCUGGUGAAAAGCUUUACUCAAAUUGCUCUCUUGACUACCACGUCUACAACAUAAACAUCAUAGGGAUGCCAUUGAACUCCACCUUCCAUUCCAUUAAUGAUCAUUCCAAAUGGGCUGUUUCAAGGAAAUUCGAAGAUCAGUGGACAUGCAUUGGGGAUUUGAACCGUGCUGCAGAGCAAGCUUGGAGAAGUGGUGGGUUCAUCUGUACCCAGAAUGAACAGAUCUACAAAGCCUUCAGGCAUUUGAUAAUCCACUAUGAAAGCUGCACUUCUGCUCCCAGAGAUCUAUAACCAACCAUUUCUGCCAACCAGCACAGCCCUUCUUACAUGGAACUGUAGGAGAUGUCUCCCUUGAUCUGUAUUUUCAGUCUGAAAAGCAACGCUGUGAUUUUAAGAUGUGCUGGGCAGUCCCCUUGUUAGCUGUAGGAGUAGGUGGUGUGCAGGUAAAGGGCAGCUGGUGUCCUGUGGUGUCGGGCUCUCAGGGCGUGUGUGCUGGGCCCUGCUCUGCUCCCCUGGCUCUUCUCACCAUCCCGCUGGGAUGGGACAGGAGGGACACAGGAGCUGCACCAAAGCACAUCCCUGUGAACACCUGCACGGGCAUCCCUGGCACCUUGGGAGUGGGGCUGGAGGGACAACAGAAACCUCUCUCAUGAGCUGGGCUGUCAGGACUGGGCAGGUAGCAUGGGAUAAGUACCCCUAAAUACUUCAAAAUUGCUCUGGAUUUCUUGCACUGUUGAGAUAAAUCACAGCAUUUCUGCUCAGCUUGGGCUGAACCUCUAAAAGCGCUGAGAAAAUUGGAUCCAAACAGGGACGUGAGUAGAUCUGAGGAUAGGAAGACCUAAUUUUUAUGUGAUUAAUUUUUAGAUAAUUAAUGAACUUUAAAUCAUCUUUAAAUUAUCUGUAACCAAUAGCUUGGGAAUAUUUCUAGUGCUUUUAUUAAUGUACAGCAAUUUUAUAAACAAAUAAACAUUUCCAAAAUAUGAA